AUGUGUAAUAAUGUUUUGUUAAUCGUGACACUACAGUGUAUCAUCACGCUAUUGUAUGUUGUGUAUGGGAACCGUUUAGGUACCUGCAUCCUCCAAGGUGACCCUCAGCCUCCUGUUCUCUUCGACGAAGGAGACUUUAUCAUUGGAGGUGCUUUUAGCAUCCAUUACUAUUUGAGGACAGAAAAGCACACCUAUACUAUUCGGCCAAAAUCAUUAGAGUGCAGUGGCAGCAUGGACUUCAGAGAACUGCGCUUUGCCCGUGUCUUGCAGUUCGCCAUCCAAGAGAUCAACAACAGCUCCGAUCUCUUGCCGGGCAUUAAAUUAGGGUACCGCAUAUAUGACUCUUGUGGCUCUGUGCCAAUGGCAGUCAAGGUGUCAUUUCAGCUUGCCAACGGAUUAGAUCUCAUAUUUAACGACACUGAUUCUUGUUCGAAAUCUGCUGCGGUUGCCGCACUAGUCGGAGAAUCUGGCUCCACGCCGUCUAUAAGCAUUUCAAGACUUUACGGUCCAUUUGGAAUUCCACAGGUGAGUCAUUACGCAACAUGCGCGUGUCUCAGUGACAAGCGACAGCACCCUACUUUCUUCAGGACCAUCCCCAGUGAUCACCAUCAAGCGGCCGCACUGGCGCGGAUGGUCAAGCGCUUCGGGUGGACGUGGAUCGGAGCUGUGCGCAGUGAUUCUGACUACGGAAAUAAUGGCAUGGCAUCAUUCCUGAAAGCAGCAGAGGAGGAGGGAAUUUGUGUGGAAUAUUCUGAGGCCUACUACAGGACCCAACCGCGCAGCAAAUUGAAGAGAGUCGCUGAUGUCAUCCGAAGAUCAACGGCUCGUGUCAUAGUUGCUUUUCUGGCUUCAGGAGACAUGCGACUUCUACUAGAAGAGUUAAGCCAACAGCCUCCUCCGCCGAUGCAAUGGAUCGGCAGCGAGUCGUGGGUUACAGAUCCAGAAAUGUUGCGCUUUAAUAUGUGUAUUGGUGGCGUGGGUUUCGCAAUCCCGCGAUCUGUUAUCCCUGGCUUUCGUACGUUUCUACUUGACCUGUCUCCACAGCAAGCAAUGAAAUUUCCACUGCUGAAAGAAUUCUGGGAAAGCUCAUUUAGUUGUAGUCUAAAACAGCAGACAGGUCCUUCUGGUAUGCCCGCAUGUGAUGGCACAGAGGACCUUGGCACGUUAAAGAACCCGUACACAGACACGUCCCAGUUGCGCAUCUCUAACAUGGUGUACAAAGCCACAUAUGCUAUAGCUCAUGCACUCCAUGGCAUUGUCUGCAACGAAAAGCAGUGCAACAAAAACAUCAAGGUUGAGCCCCGACAGGUUUUUGAUAAGCUCAAACAAGUGAAAUUAUCUAAAAAUAAUUAUUCAGUUUCGUUUGACACUUAUGGAGACCCUGUGGCCGUGUAUGAACUUGUGAACUGGCAGCUUCAGGGAGAUGGUUCAAUUGAUUUUGUAACUGUGGGUAAAUAUGAUGCAUCCCAACCCAAAGGCCAAGAAUUCAGCCUGAACAGAGCUGUCAUUUGGUAUGAUGGCAGUGAAAAGGUGCCUGUGUCUGUGUGCAGUGAAAGCUGUCCACCGGGUACUCGGAAGGCUGUCCAAAAAGGAAGACCUGUCUGCUGUUACGACUGCAUUAACUGUGCCGAUGGAGAAAUCAGCAAUGAUACAGAUUGUUUAGAUUGUCAUGAAUGUCUUUCUGACUACUGGCCCAAUAAUGAGAAGAACAAGUGUCUUCGCAAACCAGUGGAGUUUCUGUCUUGGGAUGAGAUCCUUGGAAUUGUUCUGGCUGCUUUUUCUGUUUCUGGCUCAUUAUUGGCUUUAAGUAUGGCUUUAGUGUUUUAUAAAAACAGGGCUUCUCCAAUAGUGAGAGCCAACAACUCUGAGCUGAGCUUCUUGCUGCUCUUCUCGCUGACUCUGUGUUUCCUCUGUUCACUCACUUUCAUUGGUCAGCCCACUGAGUGGUCCUGUAUGUUGCGUCACACAGCAUUUGGGAUCACUUUUGUCCUCUGUAUCUCCUGCGUUCUGGGGAAAACAAUAGUGGUGUUAAUGGCCUUCAAAGCUACACUUCCAGGAAGUAAUGUCAUGAAAUGGUUUGGGCCUCCUCAACAGAGACUCAGUGUUUUUGGUUUCACUCUUGUACAGAUUAUUAUAUGUGUGCUUUGGUUAACAAUAUCCCCACCAUUUCCUUACAAGAAUAUGCAGCACUACAAAGACAAGAUCAUUCUAGAAUGCAGUUUAGGGUCAGCUGUUGGUUUCUGGGCUGUGCUGGGUUACAUAGGCCUCCUAGCUUUCCUAUGUUUUGUUUUAGCUUUUCUGGGUCGGAAGCUGCCUGAUAACUUUAAUGAGGCUAAAUUAAUCACCUUCAGUAUGCUCAUAUUCUGUGCUGUUUGGAUCACAUUUGUUCCAGCUUAUGUCAGUUCUCCAGGGAAAUUUACUGUGGCUGUAGAGAUUUUUGCCAUUUUAGCUUCAAGCUUUGGUUUGAUUCUCUGUAUUUUCGCUCCUAAGUUUUUCAUUAUUAUAUUUCGGCCAGAACAGAAUACAAAAAAACACAUAAUGGGUAAAGUACCAUCAAAAGCCCUUUAA